AAUUAAACUUGAAUAAAAAAAUGAAAAUAUAAAACAUGCAUGGCGAUUUUACGUUAACAAAUAGCUCAAUCAAUUUAAAUUAGAAUAUGGUACCUAAAUUCUUUCUUUGUAACAAAUUAAAAUCAACAAAUGUAUUUAUAGUAAGCAUAAGCAAGAAAUUUGCAUUCAUCCAUUCCUCGAAAAUUCGGGAGAAAUUCAAUCAAUGUCACAUUUUUUUCGGGGUCUUAUCUUGUCAUUCCAUGGUUACUUUCCGAUUUCCGAAAAAUAGAGUUUGAGAAAAAUGAUGGCGAUGAUGAAUGAAUGAAUUAGUUAGAAAAUAGAGAUAGAUAGAUCAAAGUGCAUGAAUGGCGUCGUUGACGAAUCAAGGAUCGAAGAAGGGCAUGAAGCCGCAGCAACAAGGCGGUGGAAAGGGGGGCGGCGGCGGGGGCGGGGCUUCCUCCACCGUUAAAUUCGCAAGGAGAACUUCGAGCGGCAAGUACGUCAGCCUCUCCAAGGAGGAGAUCGAGAUGUCCGGCGGCGACGCCGACUACAGCAACUACACGGUCCACAUCCCGCCCACGCCGGAUAACCAGCCGGUGGCGGCCAAAGCGGAGGAGCAGUACGUCUCCAACUCCCUCUUCACGGGCGGAUUCAACAGCGUCACCCGCGCCCAUCUCAUGGACAAGGUCAUCGACUCCCAGGUGUCCCAUCCCCAGAUGGCCGGCUGCAAGGGCUCGUCGUGCGCCAUGCCGGCGUGCGACGGCAAAGUCAUCAAAGACGAGCGCGGCGAGGAUGUCAUCCCUUGCGAAUGCAGGUAUAAAAUCUGCAGGGAUUGCUACAUGGACGCCCAGAAAGACACCGGCCUCUGCCCCGGAUGCAAGGAGCCUUACAAGACCGGCGACUGCGACGACGAGAUACCCAACUACGCCAAAGGAGCGCUCCCCCUCCCCGGCCCCGACGCCAAGAACAACAUGUCCAUGUCCAUGAUGAAGAGGAACCAAAACGGAGAGUUUGAUCACAACAAGUGGUUGUUCGAGACGCAGGGCACUUAUGGAUACGGCAACGCUUACUGGCCCGAGGAUGGGGACGACGACGGGGGAAUGCACCAGGGCAUGCUCGAGUCCUCCGAUAAACCCUGGAGGCCGCUCAGCCGCGUCAUCGACGUCCCCAACAGCAUUAUCAGCCCUUACAGGCUCCUCAUUGCUAUCCGUUUCGUCAUCAUGUGCUUCUUCUUAGUGUGGCGUGUGCGCCAUCCCAACGAGGAUGCUAUCUGGCUCUGGUUGAUGUCUGUCGUCUGUGAGAUAUGGUUUGCAUUUUCUUGGAUUCUUGAUCAGGUCCCCAAGAUGCACCCGAUCAACCGCAGCACGGAUUUGCCGCUCCUGCGCGAUAAAUUUGAGGCCCCGUCCCCUUCCAACCCGACAGGGCGGUCGGAUCUCCCGGGGAUGGACUUGUUCGUGUCAACCGCUGAUCCUGAGAAGGAGCCGCCUCUCGUCACUGCCAACACUAUUCUCUCCAUUCUAGCUGUGGAGUACCCCGUCGAGAAACUGGCUUGCUAUGUUUCUGACGACGGGGGCGCCCUUCUCACUUUCGAAGCAAUGGCCGAGGCCUGCAGCUUCGCUGAUCUCUGGGUCCCCUUCUGUAGGAAACACGACAUUGAACCCCGGAACCCAGAGACCUACUUCAGCUUGAAAGGCGAUCCCACCAAGAACAAGAGCAGAGUCGACUUCGUCAAGGAUAGGAGGAGAGUGAAGAGGGAGUACGACGAGUUCAAAGUGAGGAUAAACGGGCUCCCGGACUCCAUCAGGAGGAGAUCGGAGGCUUUCAACGCGCGGGAGGAGAUGAAGAUGCUCAAGCACAUGAGGGAGACCGGGGCUGACACGUUGGAGCCUGUUAAGGUCACGAAAGCUACAUGGAUGGCAGAUGGCACGCACUGGCCCGGGACUUGGGCUGUCCCGUCUCGAGAACAUGCCAAGGGGGAUCAUGCUGGGAUUCUUCAGGUCAUGCUGAAGCCUCCCAGCUGCGAUCCCCUCAUGGGAAGCUCAGAGGACAAGAUCCUCGACUUCAGCGAUGUCGACAUCCGCCUGCCUAUGUUUGUGUACAUGUCGCGUGAGAAACGCCCUGGCUACGACCACAACAAGAAAGCCGGUGCCAUGAACGCCCUUGUCCGAGCAUCGGCUAUUCUCUCCAACGGGCCCUUCAUACUCAACCUCGACUGUGAUCACUACAUCUACAACUGCAACGCUAUUCGUGAAGGAAUGUGCUUCAUGAUGGACAGGGGCGGCGAGGACAUCUGCUACAUUCAGUUCCCGCAAAGAUUUGAAGGCAUCGAUCCAUCAGAUCGGUAUGCCAACCACAACACUGUCUUCUUCGAUGGAAACAUGCGAGCUCUCGACGGCCUGCAAGGCCCCGUCUACGUCGGGACAGGAUGCAUGUUCCGGAGAUUUGCUCUUUACGGAUUCGACCCCCCCAAAGCAGACAAGCUUCCUAAUGCAGACAAGAAUGUCGCGCUCAAGGCCACCGAUUUUGACCCCGAUCUCGAUGUCGACUUGCUACCUAAACGAUUUGGGAAUUCCACCUUGCUAGCGGAGUCCAUUCCGGUGGCCGAGUUUCAAGGUCGCCCCAUCGCUGAUCAUCCUGCCGUCAAGUACGGCCGCCCUCCCGGCAUCCUCAGGAUGCCUCGCACGCCUCUUGAUGCCACCACCGUUGCUGAAGCCGUCUCUGUCAUAUCAUGCUGGUACGAGGACAAGACGGAAUGGGGGGAUCGCGUGGGGUGGAUCUACGGUUCGGUGACGGAAGACGUGGUGACGGGGUACAGAAUGCACAACCGCGGGUGGCGGUCGGUCUACUGCGUGACGAAGCGCGACGCCUUCCGUGGAUCGGCGCCGAUCAAUCUGACGGACAGGCUGCACCAGGUGCUGAGAUGGGCGACGGGGUCCGUGGAGAUCUUCUUCUCCAGAAACAACGCGGUUUUAGCGACUAAAAAACUCAACAUCCUGCAGCGGCUGGCCUACAUCAACGUCGGCGUGUACCCUUUCACCUCGAUGUUCCUGAUCGUCUACUGCUUCCUCCCCGCGCUCUCCCUCUUCUCCGGCUACUUCAUCGUGCAGACUCUCGACAUCACCUUCCUCGCCCUACUCCUGACCAUGUCCCUCUGCCUCAUCGGGCUGGCCUUGUUAGAGGUCAGGUGGUCCGGCGUCGGCCUGGAGGAGUGGUGGAGGAACGAGCAGUUCUGGCUCAUCUCCGGCACCAGCGCGCAUCUGGCGGCGGUGGUGCAGGGCCUGCUGAAGGUGAUCGCCGGGAUCGAGAUCUCGUUCACGCUGACAUCCAAGGCGGCGGGGGAGGACAACGAAGAUAUAUACGCGGAGCUGUACCUGGUGAAGUGGACGUCGCUGAUGAUUCCGCCGAUUGUGAUUGGGAUGGUGAACAUCAUAGCCAUGGUGGUGGCGUUCUCGAGGACGAUAUACGAGACGGUGCCGCAGUGGAGCAAGUUCAUCGGCGGGGCCUUCUUCAGUUUCUGGGUGCUGGCGCAUCUCUACCCCUUCGCCAAGGGCCUCAUGGGGAGGAGAGGGAAGACGCCCACCAUCGUCUUCGUUUGGUCUGGCCUCAUUGCGAUCACGCUCUCCUUGCUUUGGGUCGCCAUCAACCCUGCUACCAGCGAGCGCCCUUCUGCUGCCGCCGGUGGCGGCGGAUUUACUUUCCCGUGAAGAUCAUACAUACAUACUUCUACUUUCAUAUAUAUGUAUAUGUACGUAGAUUAAUUUAUUGAUUUCCUAUUUUUCUUUCCUUUUUUGUUUUCACGGUAGCUAGAUGAGGAUGAUUCAUUUCACUCUUACUCCAUGCAUACAGGUAUGGAGUUCUUACCAUCUCUGCUUGUUCAUCUCUCUCUCUCUUGUUAUAUAGCAGGAAGUCUUAGAAUUUAUGAAAUUAAUCUCAACACUUGUAAUUACAACGAUCAAUAUCAUGUUAUAUCUCAAUC